AUGUCGUUUUCUUCAAGAACCAUGGUUGUGGUUUUGUGCUUUCUGUUCCUGCUGGCUCCAUGUCUCACUAGAGCAGCAACAACCGAUGAAGUUCAGUCAAGUUGCGACUCUCACAGCUUUAAAAACGGCAAACACUUCCGUUCUUGCGUUGACCUACGGGCGUUGAACUCGUAUCUGCACUUCAGUUAUGUUCGCGAAACCGGGGUGCUUGACGUUGCGUACCGUCACACCAACAUCGAGUCUUCUAGUUGGAUCGCUUGGGGCAUAAACCCUACGGGCAAAGGCAUGUUAGGUGCUCAAACUCUCUUGGCUUACCGUAACUCCACCUCCGGUUUUAUGCGCGCCUACACUUCCUCAAUCAAAGGCUACUCAACCAUGCUUCAAGAAGGUCCUCUCAGCUUCAAAGUGACGCAGCUCUCUGCCGAGUAUCUCAACGGAGAGAUGACUUUAUUCGCCACGAUCACGUUGCCUUCUAACACAACCGUCGUGAAUCAUCUCUGGCAAGACGGUCCCCUGAAGGAAGGAGAUAGACUCGGGAUGCACCCUAUGAGUGGAGACCAUCUCAAAUCCAUGGCUACUUUGGACUUGCUUUCCGGACAAGUCACAGCCACGAAAGCAGCUAACGGAAACAUAUUACUAGUCAAGCGAAUCCAUGGAAUAGUCAACGCCGUGAGUUGGGGGAUUUUCAUGCCUAUUGGAGCCUUGGCUGCAAGGUACAUGAGGACCUACCAAGGAUUGGAUCCCAUGUGGUUCUACGUCCACAUCAUCUUUCAAACCACCGGUUAUUUCGCCGGUUUAAUCGGAGGACUGGGAACUGCAAUCUACAUGGCCAAGCACACGGGGAUGAGAUCUACGCCGCAUACCGUGAUAGGGAUGUUUCUGUUCUGUCUAGGGUUUCUACAGAUACUUGCGCUCAAAGCAAGACCGGACAAGGACCACAAGUACAGAAAAUAUUGGAAUUGGUAUCAUCACACUAUGGGAUAUCUAGUGAUUGUACUAAGCAUCUACAACAUUUACAAAGGCUUAUCCAUCUUACAACCCGGAAGCUCAUGGAAGAUUGCUUACACUACCAUCAUCGGUGCCAUUGGAUUGUUUGCGAUCGUGAUGGAGAUUUUGCAAUUUAACAAGAGGUGGGGUGGUUUGUGCUGGAAGAAACCUGAAGACAUAGAAGCUGAUCCAAACGUGACGAAGAUUUUGCAAUUUAACAAGAGAUGGGGUGGCUUGUACUGGAAGAAACCUCAAGACCUAGAAGCUGGUCCAACCGCUUCCGUUGAUGUCUAG